UUUUACAGGUCAGACAUUAAUAGACUGAAUACCUUUUUGAAAUUGUCUCAGAGGCUUCACUCCUUACAUGACUCUGGGCAGAUAUGAAUGUGGACUGCAACUUGACUGGUUUCUGAAGCUACAACAUGAGCAGAGUGGUGAAAUGGCAGCUGCAGAAAAAGUCACGAGUGAUGAGCAACCCACACGACGUAGAAACAGUCUUGGAUUUCUGCCACCUCUGAUGUCUGAGGUGAGGGCUGUUCUUCUGGGAAACAGCUGGUCUGAGAGGAGUUCAGUGGGGAACUUCAUACUGGGAAACGAUACAUUUAACACUCAGGUGGAAUCAGAGGACUGCAAGAGAGCGAGUGAACUCAUUGAAGACAAAAAACUAGUUCUCAUCAACACUCCAAAUCUGCUGAAUCCAGACCUCUCUGAACACCAGCUGACAGAGCUGAUAGAAAGCUGUGUGAGUUUCUCUGAUCCUGGGCCUCAUUUGUUUCUGCUGGUUCUACAACUUGAAGAUUUCACCAAGGAGCACAAACUGAGGCUGCAAACAGUCCUUAAAAAAUUUGGUGAUCCAUCAUUUCAGCAUUCACUGGUACUAAUAUCUACAGAGGAGAGUUCAGGACCUGCAGAAAAAUACAUGAAUGAUCCACCUUUAGGAGACGCGAUCAGAACAUGUAGACACAAGAUGUUGUGGCAGAAGAACCUCAAACGUUCAGAACUGUUAGCAGUAAUGGACCUUAUUGUGAAAGAGUGUAGUGGAGAUCAUGUGAUCUGUGAUGUAUUUCUGGAUGCACAAGAUGAGCCACCUAAUGAUCAAGAAAACGUGAAACAAGGGGAGAAAAUCUGCUUGGAUGGAGUUAAAGCUGCUGGGUUGAAAUUGAUCAUGGACUCAAAAAACUCUGACUUCUCUACACUCAGAAUCGUGCUGGUGGGAAAGAGUGAAGACAAAAAAACAAAAUUGAGAAGCCUUAUUGUUAAAGACCAAAGUCUUCCCAUACAAAUUCAAAGCCACUUCCAAAAAGCAUCAGUCAGUCACUGUGUGGCCACUAGUGGGGAGUGGAGAGGAAAAUCCUUGAUAGUAGUAAAAACACCAGAUAUGUUCAGUGUGUCUGAAGAGGCAGUAAGAAGGCAGGUGAACAUUUGCAUGGAUCUGUGCUACCCUGGACCUACUAUCUUCUUGCUGUUAGUGAAGCCAUCUGACUUUGAUGAAGACGACAGACAAAGACUGAAGUUUAUUCUGGGCUUAUUUGAUCAAAAUGCCUUUAAGCACUCAAUGAUCAUUUGGACACACAAGGAAAAUCUGACAAGUACUGCUGUGAAGCAGCUCCUUGAAGACAGUGAAGGAAGACAAUACUGCAUGAUCAAAGAUGAGCGUGAUCUGUUAUUGGAAGAGAUUCUGAAAACUGUGGGUAAAAACACCAUAAGACUAACAUCUUUAAACCUGGUCCUGUGUGGGAGGAGAGGAGCAGAGAAGACUUCAGUAGCCGAGGCCAUUUUAGGUCAGACUGAGCUUCAUUCAGCCUCCAACUCAUCAGUCUGUGUUAAACAUCAGGGAGAGGUGUGUGGACGUCAGGUUUCCCUGGUGGAGCUGCCUGCCUUAUAUGGAAAACAUGAUAAGGUAGUGAUGGAGGAAUCUCUCAGGUGUAUCUCCCUCUGUGGUCCCGAGGGUGUCCAUGCCUUCGUCCUGGUCCUACCUGUGGGUCCCCUCACUGAUGAAGACAAGGGAGAGUUAGAGACCAUCCAGAACACGUUCAGCUCUCGAGUCAGUGACUUCACCAUGAUUCUGUUCACUGUGGAGUCAGAUCCUACAGAUCCAGCUGUCAUUAACUUUGUAAGAAAAGACCCAGAAAUCCAGAAGCUUUGUCAGAAUUUUGGAGGAAGAUCUUUUGUUCUAAAUACCAGGGGCAAACAGCAGAUCCCAGAAUUGUUGGAGACUGUGGAAAAAAUGAGACCCUUUGAAAAUGCAUCACUUUGCUAUACAACAGAAACAUUUGCACAGGCGCAAAUAAAUAAUAUUCUGGAACUGAAAAAGAAAAGCACUGGUGAUGAAGAGAAGCAGAGCACACAGGAUCUCAGGAUUGUCCUACUAGGAAAGACUGGCAAUGGAAAGAGCUCUUCAGGAAACACCAUUCUAGGAAGAGUUCAAUUUAAAUCCAAAUCAAGUCAAACAUCAGUCACCAAACAUAGUCAGAAAGAACGGAGUAAAGUAGACGGUCGUACAGUUGUUGUGGUCGACACUCCCGGUCUGUUUGACACAAGUUUGUCACAAGAACAAGUUCAUGAGGAGAUGGUAAAAUGUAUCAGUCUUCUGGCUCCAGGACCACACGUCUUCCUGUUGGUGUUACAGAUUGGUCGACUCACAGCAGAAGAGAAGGAGACACUGAAACUCAUCAAGGAAGGAUUUGGGAAGAAUUCAGAAAAGUUCACCAUCAUUCUUUUCACAAGAGGUGAUUCAUUAGAAGAGGACAAGCUGUCCAUUGAAGAAUAUAUUGAAGCUGAAUGUGAUGAUUCCUUUAAGCAGCUGAUCUCUGACUGUGGAGGAAGAUACCAUGUGUUCAAUAACUAUGAUAAACAAAACCGCACACAAGUCAGUGAGCUGAUAACAAAAAUUGACAGCAUGGUGAAGGAAAAUGGAGGGCAGUGGUACACCAAUGAGAUGCUGCAAGAGGCUGAAGCAGCAAUAAAGAAAGAAGUGCAGAGGAUCCUCAAGGAGAAAGAAGAAGAGAUGAAGAAACAGAUCGAGGAACUUGAAACAAAACAUCAGAAAGAAAAGGAAAGCAUGAAAAGAAGAAUGGAAGAACAGAGUGCUGAAAUCAAACAGGAGCUCCAACAGAAAAACCAAAAACUCAAAGGAAUGGAGGAAAAAAUGAAGAAGGAGCAAGAUAAGAGAAAGGAAGAACAAGAAAUAAGAGAAAAAGAAGAAACAAAGUGGAAACGUGAGACAAUGGAGUGGGAAGAAAAACUUGCAGCACUACAGAAAUCAAAGUAUGAAUCAGAACUGGAGCUGCAGCAGCGUAGAGAGGUGAUGACAGCAGAACAUAAUGCCUGGGAGAAAGAACGGAGCGACUGGAUGGAAAAACGAAAAGAGGAGGAGGAACGAAGACAACAGGAGGAGCAAAGACUUAGAGAAGAAUAUGAUAAAUUAGAACAAGAAUAUGAAAUGCAAAGAAAAAUGGAUGAAAUCAGAAAAGAACAGGAGGCAAAGGAGCGUGAGGAAUUAGAAGAAGGCUAUAAGAAAAAGGUGGAAAAUCUGAAGAAGGAGUAUGAGGAGAAAGCCAGAAAACAAGGAGAAGAGUUCAAUGAAUUCACAGAAAAGCGCAAUAAGGAAUUUGAAUCAAAGAAGCAAGAGUAUGAGAAACAAAUGAAAGAUAAAGAUGAGAAGUAUGAUCUGUUAAAGGCCCUAAAAGCCUACACUGAAAAAGACAGCAGAGAAAAACAUCAAAAACAAAUCAGAGAUUUUGUUAAAUGUGUGGCCAGAAAGAGUGAAAAUUUGGAAAAAAUAAAUGACUUAUUGACAAGACAACAGGAUCAAAUAAAACUUGUGACCAAACAGGAGGAACAAGAAAACCUGCAGAAAGUUCAUGAAACAGAAAUAAGUCAGAUGAUAGAGAAGCUUCUCAAUGAAGUCGAGACCAAAUCGUCUUGCUGCAUAUUAUGAGAUGAGCCAGAGGCAUUACAGGACACUGUGGUAUAAUAUGUACAUGCAAGCAGCUUAUUCUCUGAUAUUCUGGAUUUUCUCUGUUUUGUAAAGUUUCAUUAAAUGCCACAUCUGUAUUAACCUUUGCUCAUAAAUAAGGAUACAUGAAAUCUUGUCAUUUCAGCCUGCAGCAUGGAAUGUUAUAUCAUGCUACUGCUUUAUUAAAAUAUUUGCAGGCAUCAGCUAAUCAAACAACUUUAAGAUAAAUUUGCUCUGUAUUAGAGAAGACUUUGGUUUUUAGUAUCAUAAAGAAUGAGGUGUUUAGAAUGUUUAUUGAAAAAAAGAACAUUUUGAUGUCUGUUUUGUUACAUGUGGAAAAAUAACUGCUGAAUAUGAACAUAACUCAGAUGAAUUUUCGUUGCACUUAUCAUUAUAAAGAUCAAUAAAGUGUUUCUCUGCAGCUGAAUACUGCUAAUA